AUGCGUCUUCUUUCCAUAUUGAUCUACUUGGCGUUGUUGUCGGCUUGCUUGGCUGCGAUUUUCCACCAUCACCAUAAUCGACGACGUCCGAUGCAGAGAAGACGCACUCGACAAUUUAAACCAUACUCGCGGAAUAAGGAUAAGCGUAGUCAUGUGACAGCGGCGUCUUGUGAGGCUCAUGAGCACUACCUAACAUGUGGACCAGAAACCCAUUGCGAUUUGACCUGUGACAACUUCUUCUCACCGCCGAAUUGCGUCAACGUGUUGACACACGCGAAAUGCUGGCAUCCGCGAUGCGUCUGCAACGACGGAUACGUUCGCGAUGACGAUGGAAAAUGCAUUCGUCCGUCGCGAUGCCCCAACACUUAUUAUGAGCCGGCUUCGAUGAUAAUGAACCAAAAGGAUAACGAUAUCAUGAUUCAGUUCGAGCCCGUCAAAUUCUCGCGUGUCCGCCACCACAAGAUUGUUCGCCUUCCGCACGGACAUCGCAAAUUUUUGCCGAAAAAGAGCAACGAAAUUUAG